GUCCGUCCCUGCCUUCCCCUCCCCUCCCCGUCGGUGCCGAAGCCCGCGCGGCGGAGGAGCCCUGCUGCUGCGCCCAGAGCGAUGGCGAGGCCGGGGCUGUGCGGGCGAGGCGGGCUGCCGCUCUGGUGCUGCUGCCUGCUGGGCGCCUUGUGCGGGGCGCGCGGGGCCCUGGAGCUGACGCUGCUGCACACCAACGACGUGCACGCGCGGGUGGAGGAGACCAGCCGCGACUCCGGGAAGUGCCCGGAGGGCUCGAGGGCUUGCUUCGGCGGCGUGGCGCGGAGGGCCGCCAAGGUGAACGAAAUCCGGCGCGGAGGGGGACACGUCCUGCUCCUCGACGCCGGGGACCAGUACCAGGGCACCGUCUGGUUCUCCUACUUCAAGGGGCUCGAGGUGGUGCGCUUCAUGGAGCUCCUCCGCUACGACGCCAUGACAUUGGGGAAUCAUGAAUUUGAUAACGGCGUAAAAGGAUUACUGGAUCCACUGCUCAAAAACGUUAAGUUUCCUGUUGUAAGUGCAAACAUUAAAGCAAGCAGACGAUUAGCAAGCAACAUCACGGGCUAUUUUAGUCCUUAUACGAUUUUAAAUGUUGGCACAGAAAAAGUGGGGAUUGUUGGCUAUACCACAAAGGAAACGCCUGUUCUUUCAGAUCCAGGGCCAGAUUUAAUAUUUGAAGAUGAAAUUGAAGCAUUGCAGCCACAGGUACAGAAACUUACUACGCUGGGUGUCAACAAGAUCAUUGCACUUGGUCACUCUGGCUUCACUGUGGACAAAAUGAUUGCCCAGAAAGUUAAAGGAGUAGACGUUGUGAUUGGGGGACAUACAAACACAUUUCUUUACACAGGUGUUCCUCCUUCAAACGAUAUACCUGCUGGUAAUUAUCCAUUCAUUGUGAAAUCAGAUGAUGGCCGUGAUGUGCCUGUUGUUCAAGCUUAUGCUUUUGGAAAAUAUCUUGGCUACUUGAAUGUCACCUUUGAUGACAAUGGAAAUGUAAUUAAAGCAUCUGGAAACCCUAUCCUACUAGACAGCAGUAUCCCUGAAGAUCCAAUUGUGAAAGCAGAAGUUGACAAGAUGAAAGUUGAGCUAAGAAACUUUUCUUCCAAAGAAAUAGGGAAGACUAUCGUUUAUCUAAACGGUACCAGUCAAGCAUGCCGUUUUGAGGAAUGCAACAUGGGAAACUUGAUUUGUGAUGCUGUGGUUAACAGUAACCUGAGACAUCCAGAUGACAAUCAAUGGAAUCAUGUUUCAAUGUGCAUCAUAAAUGGUGGUGGAAUACGGGGACCCAUUAAUGAAAAAAUCAACAAUGGUACAAUUACCUGGGAAGAGUUGCUCUCCGUGUUGCCCUUUGGAGGAACAUUUGACUUGCUACAGAUCAAAGGUUCAACUCUGAAAGAAGCCUUUGAGCACAGUGUUUACAGGCAUGGGCAAGGAACAGGCGAACUACUACAAGUCUCAGGCAUACGUGUUGUGUAUGAUCUCUCCCGAAAGCCAAGGAACAGAGUAAUAAGCUUAAAGGUCCUUUGCACAGAGUGUAGAGUACCAGUCUAUGUACCAGUCGAGAUGGAAAAAACAUACAAAGUCCUUUUACCGUCUUUCCUUGCUGGGGGAGGGGAUGGUUAUUCCAUGCUACAAGGAAGUUCAAACAACCACAGUAGUGGUGAUCUUGACGUGGCAGUUGUGUCCAGUUAUAUUACCAAAAUGGGAAGAGUAUAUCCAGCAGUUGAAGGACGCGUGUUGUUUUCCACUCAAUCACGUGGAAUACACACGAUUGUAUUCCAAGGACAUCUUUACCUGAUUUCCAGCUUAUUUGUUUUGUUUUUCUGCCUCAUCCAUUAAUUUUCACCUGCUCUGUGGACACCGAAGUGACUUGUUAAUAGUUGAGACACAAUCUAAGGUCUUGAGAUCAUUCAAGGAUGUUUAUAAGCCAGUAUGAACAUGAUUAGUGCUGGAAUGAAUGGAAAGCCUGUGAAUUUUAAUGCUGAUUUUAAUGUACA